AUGUCCUGUCGGACCGCCGGUGGAAACAACACUCCUGAAAAGCUGUGGAGGUUUCUUAUGGAACAGAAGCAUGCUUCCGGGGAAGUACCCAAGAAGAGAUGGGAGCCAUGGCUCCAUCGAGACCCCCGCAAUGCGAAGAUCAUUGCGAAUACCACUCGCAAAGGUUACUUCAUUGACGAUCUUGAGAACUUCGACGCAGCCUUCUUCGGGAUUUCUCCAAAGGAGGCUGAGCUUAUGGACCCGCAUCAACGACUUGCUCUCGAGCUCUCGUGGGAGGCACUAGAGAAUGCUGGUAUCGAUCCGAAGCGAUUAUCUGGAUCCGACACAGCCGUGUUCAUGGGUGUGGACUCUGAUGAUUAUUCGAGGUUGAUCAUGGAGGAUCUACCUAACAUCGAAGCGUGGUCGGGGAUAGGCACUGCUUACCAUGGCAUUCCAAACCGGGUAUCAUAUCAUCUCGACCUCAUGGGACCUAGUACUGCAGGACUGACGUACAUGCUUGACAAGGCAGGUGCACUCGCAUCUGAUGGACGCUGCAUCUCGUUCGACGAUGAUGCCCAUGGCUAUGCAAGAGGCGAAGGUGGCGCGAUCGUCAUUUUGAAGAGGCUGUCGAACGCUAUUGCGGAUAAUGACAACAUCCUGGCGGUACUCAAAGGCACAGCUACAGCGCAAGACGGGAAGACGAACGGCAUCAUGGCCCCGAAUGCGAAAGCCCAAGAAAUGGUCGCAAGGCAAGCACUUUCACGGGCAGGUGGCCUCGAUCCUCUGACGAUUGGCUAUGUGGAAGCCCACGCCACCUCGACCGCCCUGGGGGACCCGACCGAGAUUGGUGCCAUCUCAGAAGUCUACGGUGUUGGCAGACAUGGCAAUAUACCUUGCGCAAUAGGUUCAAUCAAACCCAACGUGGGUCAUCUCGAGGCAGCUGCCGGAGCUAUUGGCUUUGUGAAAGCAGUCAUGGCAGUCAACAAAGGCGAAUUGGCUCCGCAAACGCUCCUGAAGAAGCUCAAUUCGCGUGUGGAUUGGGGCAGCUCGGGCCUCAAAGUCGUUCGAGAGGCGUCAAAGUGGCCUGAGAGCGGGGGCCUUCGCAGAGCAGCGAUUUGCUCCUAUGGUUACGGCGGGUCUGUAGCCCAUGCCAUUAUCGAGCAAGCGCCAACAUCCUACACAUACACCCGUGAGAUCGUUAGAAGGCGCCUGAAGGAACAUAAUGAACGUCCGGUGACACUGGUGCUAUCAUCUUUCCAGGAAAAGCGGCUUGUUAAUCAAGCUAUCCAGCUUGCGGACUGGCUGGCAGGCCACGGAGAGGAAACGAACAUCAGAGCUAUCGCGAACACGCUUGCCCAACGCCGAGCAGCGCAAGACUACCGCGCAGCUUUCGUGGUCAGUAACCACGUUGAAGCCAUCGCAGCCCUUCGAGAGUUUGCGGGUGGCUCAAUCAGCCAGUGGUCAGCCAGUGGCAGGAUACUCAAUAAUAGUAUCAGAAAAGAUGUCGUAUGGGUCUUUUCCGGGCACGGCGCGCAGUGGCCUAACAUGGCAAAAGAACUCCUGGAUGAAGCGCUCUUCUACCGCACGAUUAAGAGUCUUGACGAGUUGAUAGAGAGAGAAGCAGGCUUCUCCGCUCUUCGUGCCUUGGAGACGGGUGAACUAGGUGGUGCCAGCAACAUCCAGAUCUUGACCUACCUCGUGCAGGUCGGGUUGGCGGCGCUACUUCGAAGUAAGGGCGUAGAGCCCCAUGCCAUUAUCGGCCACUCAGUGGGUGAGAUUGCGGCGUCCGUUGUAGCGGGAUGUUUGACGACUGAAGAAGGCGCACUACUGGUCACAAGACGAGCCCACUUGUAUGCACAGGUCGAAGGUCAAGGUGGGAUGGCUCUGCUCAACAUGCCCUUUUCUCAAGCCAAAGAGGAGCUCAGAGGCAAGAAAACCAUCGUAGCGGCUAUUGACUCCUCUCCUACUUCCUGUGUCGUCAGCGGCGAGGUCGCAGAACUGGAACGCUAUCUAGACGACUUGAGACGAAGGAACAUCAAGACGUUCCGAGUGAAGACAGAUAUUGCCUUCCAUUCCCCUAUGCUUGAAAGAUUGGCCACGCCUUUGAGAGACGCCAUGAAAGAUGCAAUUUCCCCUCAUGCGGCGACCAUCCCAAUCUACUCUACCUCGAGCAUCGAUGCGCGCACUGACGCUCUCCGCGACAUUGACUACUGGCUACUGAACAUGAUUGAACCAGUCAGACUUAAUGAUGCCGUAUGUGCAGCGGCCGAUGAUGGAUUUAGGAUUUUCUUAGAGGUCUCUGCGCACCCCAUUGUCACGCACUCCAUCAGCGAAACACUGGCUGCUCAAGGGUUGGACGAGUCAGCCACCUUCGGAGUCAUGAAACGCGACAUCUCAUCCGAUAAGACCUUGUUGCAUGCUCUGGCUCAAUUGUACACAUCUGGCGCCACCGUCGAUUUUGGGGCUCAGCUUGAAACGACUCAUUGGGCGACGAAUGUUCCUGGUACGCCGUGGGUACAGAAGCCUUACUGGAAAGAAGUCGAGACAGGCCUUGCGGGUGCUGCCCAGCGUCACGACGUCCACAAGCAUACCCUGUUAGGUCAAUGUACCGAAGUUGCCGGCUCAGGCACACGCAUCUUCUCAACUAUUCUUGAUGAGAAGGCAAAACCCUAUCCACUUACUCAUCCACUCGAUAACACUGAGAUAAUUCCUGCAGCAGUCUACUGCAACACGUUCCAUCACGCUACAGGUGCAACGAUCUUGAAAGACCUGCAACUGCGGGUUCCAACUCCCAUGACGGCAGAUCAGCGGGAGGUACAGGUCGUCACCCAGGGCGAUUCAGUACAUCUGUACUCGCGCUUGAAGUCGUCGCACGACAUACACGAUGAUUCAAAACAUCCAUGGAUCAACCAUAGCUCCUGUAAGUGGGGCAAAGAGGAUGCGACGGCAUACCGCAAGACUUACAAGGUGGAGACUAUCCAAGAGCGAAUCGGAACCGUACUACCGAAAGGCUUUGCUUGGAACUUCCUGCAGAAAAUUGGUGUUUCGGGAACAGCGUACCCGUGGGCUGUCAUCCAACACUAUGGCAAUGACAAGGAAAUGCUCGUCAAAAUGGAUAUGGACGCGGAACAAGAUGCGAUCACCUGGGACUCAAGCUCUUGGGCUCCAUUCCUGGACGCAGCCACGUCUGUUGGCUCGUCGAUCUUCUUCAACAGCCCGAAGAUGCGCAUUGUCUCCGGUAUCGACCAGGUGCUAUUCCUUUCACAAGAACCGCCGCCAAAGGUUGGGUAUCUCUACAUUGAACAGGCCAACGAUUCGAAAAGCUUAGCUGCAGAUAUCAGUGUACUGAACGAGCAAGGCGAAUUGUUGGCGAAGUUGAAAUCAAUGCGGUUCUCUGAUGUCGAGGCGGCUUCGGAUCGGACCUCAGGUAUCGAUGCGCUUGUACACCAGCUUGCAUGGGUGCCACCUAUUUUCGCGGAGAAUCCACUUGCGGUGAACCACGUGCUGCUUGUAUGCGACGACGAAGAGUUGUCUCAAUCCUAUACAGACGAUCUUCAGCAGACGGUCGCAAAGGUACUACUACACAUACCUUCGGUCGAUGACUUGAGCGAUACAGGAGUGUCAAACUUAUUGAAUCAAAGUGGUGCAAUCGUUGUCUACGUUCCUGGAGGUACCCGAUCUUGGGACCAGAUACCAGACAAGGCUCAUCGGUUCACUUGGGAGGCGACCCGGCUGUUGCAGCAUCUGUCUACUCUGGCUUCCACACCAAAGCUAUUCAUCGUGACGGAUAGCGUCCAUGAAGCUUCAACGCCCACAGCGCUCGCCCAAGGACCGCUGUAUGGCUUCGCACGAAUAGCAGCACAAGAACACCCCGAGCUGUGGGGCGGACUGUUGGAUAAUGAGGGAUCUUUUUUCCCUACGCUGGCUCUCAAGUACGUCCAGGAGCAAGAUGUAGUCCGCAUUCAGGAUGGACUGCCGCGCAUAGCCAGGAUGAGGCCCUUCACCAAAGCCCAGCGACAUGAGUCUGGUUCUCCACGUACGUUACUACCGAAGCCGCAAGGCACAUAUGUCGUCACUGGUGGAUUUGGUGAUCUCGGUCUUGAGGUUCUGGACUUCCUCGUUGAGAAAGGUGCUCGUCGCAUUGUAGUAGUUUCACGCAGCAGCCUUCCACCUCGCCGUGAGUGGGCGAAUGUUAACGGCCGCACGAAGAUCAUUACAGACAAGAUUAAGCAGCUAGAAGGCAAGAGCGCAAGCAUAUACGGCGUUUCGUUAGACAUCAGCAUGCCAGAUGCAGACUCCCAACUACUCGCGGCGCUCGAUCGCCUUCACCUUCCGCCCGUAUUGGGUGUAGUCCAUGCAGCUGGCGUCAACGAGGACGGUCUCAUCGAAGACGCGACUUCCGAAUCUUUCUCCCGCGUCUUCGCUCCCAAAGUUGCUGGUGCGCUUACACUGCACAGACUGUUCCCGCCUGCCACCCUCGACUUCUUUAUUUUGUUCUCAUCCAUCGGCCAGCUGGUUGGCACGUCAGGCCAAGCACCCUACGGUGCCGGGAAUGCUUUCCUCGACGUACUCGCCAAAAAUCGCAGGCAGCAGGGCGACAACGCUAUUGCUCUGCAAUGGACCGCUUGGCGAGGCAUGGGGCUGGCGGUAGAUUCGGAAUUCUUGACUGUGGAGCUGAGUAGCAAGGGCAUCACCGAUAUCACACGCGAUGAAGGCUUCCAGGCAUGGGAGCAUCUGGACAAGUACAACACCGAUCACGCUGUGGUGACGCGUGCCAGGAUCCUCGAUGCAGACGAACCGAUUCCGUUCCCGCUUGUAGCGGAAGUCGCGCCACGGCGUCCUCGCCCUGCCAUUGCCAUUUCGGCUGACGCUGCAAGCGCGCCCGACAGCAAGACAGUGCGCCCAACAUCAGGUCCCGAGUUCAAAGCUUGGCUCAGUAUGAAGAUUCGCGAAUGCAUUGGCGCAGUACUACAUAUGGAUGUGGAGGAUAUCGAUGUCAGGGCUGCCAUUGCCGAUCUGGGAGUCGAUAGCGUUAUGACAGUCUCACUGAGGCAGAAGCUGUUGAGCGUGUUGGGGGUCAAGGUCCCGCCGACACUGUUGUGGAAGGAGCCCACUGUUGGUCAUCUGGUGGAAUGGUUCAAGGGCAAGAUGGCGGUGGACGAAUGA